AUGACAUUUAUGCUGCGUGCUAUGGGAGAUGCGAAUUCGGAAAGUGAAAGAGUGAUCCUUGUUGAACCACAAGCCGGAUUCGCUAUCAAGACUAAGAUAGAGAAUUCUGCCAAUGGGGAACUGGAGCAUGGGGUAAAGUAUUUUGUCAACAUAUGCCACGCUGCCGAGGUACCCAUGCCAGAGGUUCCAUUUGAGCCGGCUGUGGUAUUCCCUCUGAUCAUGGCGAAUAGGUGGGAGAUUCCAAUUGUAACAUCUACUGCGCGUCAGGACCAGGAUAAGAAGGGCUCGAUAUGCUACGUCAGCGAUUGUUGUGUGAAUACAAGUUGUUUGGAAUGGGUUAGGUGCAAUCCACAACUCAAGGAAAUCCUAGUAGAGUGGUGCUUAGAAUCCUGUGAGCUGCGACAAGGAAUCGAGUUGAGCCGAAAAAAGUUGGCUUAUCCUAAAUUACGCAGUAAAGGCUCACACAUCCCAACACUGGAAAUUUUGAAAGAAGAUUUGCAUGCCGAUCCAGAGCGUGAAGCCCGCGAACUUUCGGCACAGGAUCGUAAUAAGGAUCCGCAGGCUAUCCUGGAACUUAGAAGAGACCUAAUCAAUGACGAAGAAGACCUUAAAUCAAACAACUCACUUCCUACCUUGUUUCCGCAACCUUCAACAAAUCGAAAACUGGUAGAGGAGAUCGACUCGGUAGAUCUUUCACUGUUGAAGCAAGUGGAGAAGCAGAGAUUACCACAAGCUCCCAAAGCUCCUUUAACCCUUGAUGUUAGUAUCGGUCGCGCUACAUCUCAUCCAUGGGCCAAGCUCAAGAUUGAGAUUCACUCUCAGUUAACAUCUCAAGAAGACUACGAAGUUGAAUAUAAUGCGCAAGAUAACUCAUUGAACGUACGGACCAAAGAUGACAAUUUUCAAUAUAAACCUCAAAAUCUCAGCAUAGCUUUGCCCUCAGAAGUUGCUGCCCCUGACGCAAAACUUACUUUGACGUUCGAUUCGGAGGCAAAAAAGCUAACUAUUCUGCUGUGA